AUGCGUUUUUACUUUGUUGACAACCCGGUUUAUCCACCAAGGGAGUUUAGAAAGCGUUACCGUAUGAGUAAACGUUUCUUUUUGCAAAUAACAAGAGAUUUGGAAGAGAAGUAUAGGUACUUCCAACAAAGAUACGAUUCUCGUGGGAAGUUAGGUUUCACCGGGAUACAAAAGUGUACUGCGGCGCUUCGCCAACUAGCCUACGGGAGUACCGUCGACUCAUUUGACGAAAAUUUUGAGAUGUCUGAAAGGGUUUUACGAGAGUCACUGGCCAACUUUUGUGAAGGUGUUAGGAGUAUAUAUGGGCCAACCUUUCUACGUAGACCUACUUCUAGCGAUAUACAGCGGCUUCAUGAUGUGCAUGAGCAGCUACAUGGUUUCCCGGGCAUGAUAGGUAGUAUUGAUUGCAUGCAUUGGGCGUGGGAGAUGUGUCCUACCGCAUGGCGUGGUACGCAUACACGAGGGGAUAUUGGGCAGCCAUCCAUGAUACUUCAGGUUGUCGCAUCGACUGAUUUGUGGAUUUGGAACGCUUAUUUUGGGCAGCAAGGUUCAAACAAUGACAUCAACGUAUUUGAGUCCUCGCCCAUACUUGAAGAACUUAUUUCCGGGUUGGCACCUACAGAUCCUUUUUAUGCAAAUGACAUUUAUUACAAAGCCGAAUAUUAUUUGAGUGAUGGCAUCUAUCCAGAGUAUGCUACCUUCGUGAAGUCAUUUACCGACCCAAUUGAUGACAAAAGAAAAUACUUCAAGAAAAAACAGGAGUCGGCGAUAAAGGAUAUUGAGCGAGCUUUUGGCGUGUUGAAGAAGCGUUGGAAAGAUGAAGACAAAGCUUUCUGUCAAGACUUCUACGAGCACGGCCCGACUUUGUACGAGGAAUAUUGGAUGCAAGAAACUCCAAUGGAGAAGCGGAUUGAGAACUCAAAUGCGGUUAGAAGCAGGGAAACACAUAACAUGUUAUUGGCUGAUUUGGUGGAUCAUGUAUGGAACUGCACGAGGGCGGACGAAGAAGAAUACGUGCCGCCUAACGUUGAGUCCUACUUUAGCGAUGACAACUAG